AUUGGUUCAAGAUAAGCAUUUCCUCUCUUGCAGUCGCUGCAACGAACUUUGGGUCACAAUCAUCAUGACUUCUUUAUCCUUUCAAAUUGACUUUGGGAUGUUUUCCAAACGGCCUGCAUCUUCUAGAAAAUUCUUUUCUGUUCGUGGUUUUUCCGCUUGACCGAUUUCGAAAACCACAUUCAACGCGAGAAUGACCAAGUCUCUCAUCCAACGACUACCUCACUCUGCACCUAGGGAAGACUUUAUCAACGCCCUGAAACGCGAUGGGUGUGUCAUAGUCCAGGACUUUACCACGUUGGAAACAUUAGAGGAAGCAAGGCAGGAAGUCCAACCGUGGCUGGAGAAAGAACAGCAACGGAGCAAGCUGGGUGCCCUCAAUGGCGGAACUCGCACCUGCACACGUCUUGUCGGGCGCAGCAAAACCGUCCGCGAGAAGUUCUUCUCGGAUCCGUUGUAUCAGGACCUAGCUGAAGAAUUCCUCGCGAUCACCACGACCAACUGGUAUGGCGAUGAGCCGUCCACCAAUGCCACUCACCCGCUUCUUUCAAUCGCCAUCACGAUGGAAAUUCGGCCCGGGGCGAAAGCACAGAAGCUUCAUCGCGACGACAAGAACCAUCAUGCCAGACAUGCUCGUGUUAAUGCGUACCACGCGAAUCGCGACAUGCUUCUCGGCUUGUUUGUGCCCGGGUGCGAUACUCGUCGUGCGAAUGGAGCCACGCGCGUGGUCCCGGGUAGCCACCUAUGGGGCGAUGAGAAGCCGGACUUCGGCCCUGACGGUGACAUGGGUCUCGUUGAUGCUGAAUUACAGGCCGGCGAAGCUAUGAUCAUGUUGGGCAGUCUCUACCAUGGAGGUGGAGAGUUCUUCGAGUCUUCAGGGGGACGCAUGAUGCACAUUAUGUUCAUGUGCAGCGGGAUUUAUCGUCAGGAGGAAAUAUCCUAUCUUUCGUAUCCGAUUGAAGAUGUGCGGACAUACUCAAAGCUGAUGCAACAACGGCUGGGUUGGAAGCAAUCCGAGCCGAACCUGGGAUGGGUUGAUCUUGUCUCCCCCGAUGCCUUAUUGUGAUGGCCUGCACCGGCUGAAGUGCCUUAUGGUAGCAUUAUAAGGGAUCAGGCUUAUCAGUAAUAUCUGGGCGGUCGGUUGGUG